AUGAUUCUAGGCAGAAGCCUCUACAUUCUUGGCCUUUUGGGCGCCGCUGCGAAUGCACUCCCAGAGCCAGCUGCACCACAGGUGACGGCUCCAGCCAAAUUGCAAGAGAGAGCAACUACGUGCACUUUCUCUGGUUCCAAGGGCGCUUCCUCUGCUAGCAAGUCGAAGACUGCCUGCUCUACUAUUGUGUUGUCGGCCGUGGCUGUCCCAUCUGGAACUACCCUUGACUUGACCGGAUUGAAUGACGGAACAACGGUCAUUUUCCAGGGUGAAACAACAUUCGGCUACAAAGAAUGGUCGGGCCCUCUAGUCUCCGUCUCCGGAACAGACAUCACAGUCAAAGGUGCUUCAGGAGCUACUCUGAAUGGAGAUGGGGCUCGCUGGUGGGACGGAGAAGGCUCAAAUGGCGGCAAGACGAAGCCUAAGUUCUUUUAUGCCCAUAAGAUGUUUCAAUCUACCAUCAGCGAUAUCAAGAUUGUCAACUCUCCGGUCCAAGUCUUCAGUAUCAAUGGAGCCGAGGAUCUUACUUUGAGUGGUAUCACCAUCGACAACAGUGACGGUGAUGUCACUGAUGGUGGCCACAAUACCGAUGCCUUUGAUGUGGGAUCUAGCUCGGGGAUCACGAUCACUGGUGCAACGGUAUACAAUCAAGAUGAUUGUCUGGCGGUCAAUUCUGGAACGGAUAUCACGUUCACCGGAGGAUUUUGCUCAGGAGGCCAUGGACUGUCCAUUGGAUCUGUCGGAGGGCGAAGCGACAACGUAGUUGACAAUGUCCUGAUCGAAAACUCCGUUAUCCAGAACUCUGACAAUGGUGUACGGAUCAAGACAGUCUCAGGAGCCACUGGUUCCGUCAGCAACGUCACAUACAAGGGAAUCACUCUGUCGAACAUUGCAAAAUACGGCAUUGUGAUUGAGCAGGACUAUGAGAAUGGUAGUCCCACUGGAACCCCCACGGAUGGCGUGCCAAUUACAGGUCUUACCCUUAAUGGUGUGACAGGCACCGUGAAGAGUAGUGGGACAGACAUUUAUAUUCUCUGUGCCAAGGGAGCCUGCUCUAGCUGGACGUGGACGGGCGUUAGUGUCACUGGUGGAAAGACAAGCAGCGCCUGUUCCAACAUUCCAAGCGGUGCGAGCUGCUAA